AUGAUGAGAAAUUUAAACCUUUUAUCAUCAUUACAGCCAUCAUCUCCUUCAGUAUAUCAUGAAACAGAUGAUACGUUUUCAUAUCAAGCUAGUUAUCCAUCUUAUCAAACUGGUCACCAGAUGCAGUCGUCUGCUUAUUGUACAACAAUACCAACAUUAUUACCGAAUCAAUAUUAUAAUACAACAUCACCUAUUUAUCCACAUACUAUAUCAACAACAAGUUCAUCAUUAUCACAGUUUGCAACGAAUAAUUCUUCGUCAUCUUUUUGUACAACAUCUGAUUCAUCACCAGUGCUACAUCAUACAAAAACCAGUCAAUCAACAAUAUCUUUUACAACACACACCUCGUCAUCACCAUGUUAUACAACAGCUAAUUUAUUACAAACAAAUCAUACAGCAACUACUUCAUCAUUAGCAUCCUUAUUUAUACGACAAGAACUUGAACCAAAAUGUGAAUCUCUACAAACACAACCUAAUCAUCAAAAUCAUUUACCGACAUGUACAUCAGCAAAUCAUCAGAACUCUUCAACAACCCAAAGAGAUGAUGCACAUUUGACAAUACAACUAUCAUCUUCACAUUCACUCACACAUUCAACAAGACCACAAUCACCAUUACAACAAUCACCACUACAACAAUCACCAUUACAACAAUCACUACAACAAUCACCAUCACAACAUUUACCAUCACAAUUAACAAUUGAGCAUUUACAUGUACAUUCACCUACGUCGACUGCUACAACAUCACUAGUUCUUAUUUCAUCUAUGCAACAACAACAGAAAUUAUUGAACCAGUCGUCCGACAUUCAAUCAACAACAAUUUAUCAAUAUGAUCCAUUAUUACAAGGGCAAACUAUCCAAUUGCUUGAUACAACUAAACCCUAUGAAAUUGGUGAUACAAUAAAAGUUGGUGGUCGAAUUCUUCAAUCAGAUCCAACAUCAAUAAAAUAUUGGUCAGAUAAUGAUUUAACCAUUACUGAAACAGCAACCGGUGAGUCGCAACUUUAUCGUAUACGACAAGCAAACUUACCAAAAUCACCAUCAGAUCUUAAUUUUGUGCUACAUCCUGGAUUCAAAUCAACAGAUAAGGGCGACCGUUUUCUGAUCUAUGACUCAAGUGAUGUUCAACCACCAUAUACAUUAGCACCAACAGCAGUUGGUAGACUUAUAAUAUAUUCAAGUGAAUUACAGUUGGGUAUUUUAGCAAAAUCAUAUCGAGUGGGUAGUGAUGGUACUUUCGAAACAUCAGCAGGUAUGGUUCAACAAAAUUAUAUUCUUAUGGCUGAAUUAGAAGAAAUGUACUCAGUGCCAACAGUCUUUUGUUUAUGCGAGAAGAAAAAUUAUGAAACAUACCAAUUGAUAUUACAAGUGCUAAAAAUAUCCAUUACCAAUUUACAAUUAGAUUUUACACCUGGUUAUUGGAUUAGUGAUUACGAAGACGCUUUAUUACCUGGUACAGAAGUCCAAGGUUGUACAUUCCACUACUCUCAAGCUCUUUAUAGGAAUAUACAAAAGAAAGGACUUCAAGAAGCGUAUCAAGAGGUGGAGAUAGUGCGUCAAGUGUUACGACAGAUAAUGGCGCUUGGUUUUCUACCCGCUCAUGAAAUUAAAAAAGCUUAUGAAGAUAUUAUUAAACCACAAUUAAAAGAUGUUCCAGCUCAACCAGUAUCUUUACGACAGAACUUACGUGAAUUUUUUAGAUAUUUCGAAAAAGAAUGGUUAAAAAAAGUUCAUGAAUUUUGUGUUUUUGAUCAAUCAGUAAGAACUAAUAACGCCUUAGAAGGUAUAAAUUUUUUUUGA